AUGCAGGUGAUGGCACGUAGCGGUCCCACAAGUAGUGCAAGGAAAGACAGAGGCGGAGAGUACUGGAGAAGCGUCGUCAAAGACCAGCCUCUGCCGGCGGCGAUUCAAUCCCUCGUCCUCGUCGAACUCGCCGACCAUCACAACGGAGCACGUGCUUGCGAUACGGAGACGACUUCCGCCGUCGUCAAUGAUCAUAAAGGCCACGUGUCGAAAUUCACAUCGGAGCCUCAAGUGUCACGGUAUGAAAACGACAUCAACGUAUCGGGCAAGUUCGCGAAGGAUUUCAAGUCAGAACCUCAAGUGUCGGAGUAUGAAAACAACAUCAACCCUGGCAAGCUUACGAAGGAGUUCAAGUCGGAGCCUCAAGUGUCACAGUACAAAAACGACAUCAGCUUGCUAGCUGGUAAGUUUGCGAAGGAUUUCAAGUCGGAACCUCAAGUGUCGGAGUACGAAAACGACAUCAACUCCGGCAAGUUUACGAAGAAAUUCAUGUCGGAGCCUCAAGUGUCACAGUACAAAAAUGACAUCACCGUACCAAUAGCUGGUGCUGGUAAGUUUGCGAAGGAUUUCAGGUCAGAACCGCAAGUGUCGGAGUACGAAAACGACAUCGACCAUGGCAAGUUUAGGAAGAAUUUCAAGGCGGAACCUCAAGUGUCACAAUAUGCUAACGAUGUGACGCCACCCAAGAAGAAGAAGGGUUUUGCGCUGGAGUCGAUCGCCAUGGUCAUAGCUGUUUGA